AUGGCUCAUCUGGGGCGUGUUAUGAGGCGUCUAGAUGCUUUUCAUUCUCCUCGCAAGCUCGACCUCAUUCGUGCUGACUCCUCCUCCUCUCUCACAACAGAGGCACCGCAGGUCAAUCUCCCACCAGUGGAUACACAGCUGAACAUGCACCAAUUCACAAGCCUUUUCGACAAUGAGACAGAUGGGGAUGAGAUCCAUACAAAUAAGUAUGUGACAGAAAAUGGGACAAGUAAUCAUCUGAUAGAUCCCACCGCAUCCCCAUCUCAACCCUCACUCCUAUCUACAAGUCCCAAUCUUAAUCCCGGCGAAAUCCCCUCCGAAUGGUCUGCUGUCGGUCACGCGGCCACAGGAAAAUCGGGUCGUGUUAUCCAUAACCUCCAAGAAGAGAUCGCGCGUCUCACCCGAGAAUGCGUCCUCUAUCGAUCCCGAGCAGAAGAAACUCAACGGUCCAAUGAAGCCCUGAAAAUCCAGAACCAGAAUAUGCACGAGCGCCUUCGAAAUCUGGAGCAAGUCAACGAGACCAAUCUGAACUCGAUCGCGCGCAAAGACCGGAAGAUCGAAGAGCUCCGCACAGAACUCGCAGGCGAGCGAAGCAAACGAGCCGAUGCCGAAGAGGAUGCCAAUAAGACAAAUGAGACGAUGCGCGAGGAACGCGAAAACCACCAUCGAGAGCAGGCGCGUUCGCAUGAGAUCACAAAACACUAUGAGACACAAUAUGAGGUUCUAUCAUCCUCAACAAAGCGCGUCAAGUCCGAUUUGGAGCGCCGAGUGAAAACUUUGGAGUCGAAGGUGCAGACCAUGGCUGAGACACAGAAGACCCAGGGCGAUUGUGCUGAUCGGCUUGAUGCUAUUACUGAGGAGAAAGAUCGGGAACUGGACGGGUUGAAGGAAAAGCAUGAGAAGCUGUUGGCUUGCCAUGAAGAAUACAAGAAGGUCAAGGAUGAUGGGUUAAGGAAGCUGAUCGAGCGCGCUCAAGACAAGGAUAAGCAACUUGAGGCUGCCCUUGCAUCUGUCAAGGAGACCGAAGCCAAGAUGAAGUGGGCUAUUCAGCUGAAUAAUAACCAAGUUCAGAACUGA